UAUUGUUUAGUGUUUCGGCUGUAGAGAAUGACUGUAAACAACCAUUGAAACAACCCUAUCUAGGGGGCAAAUAACACAUCUGAUUUGCUAGAUAUUUAGCAAAAUGAGCAGAAUUGCGGGGCUUUUAAAGCGGACGUUUUGGAUAGUUCGUGAACAUGUAGGAUCAGACCAUCUCGGUAAUAACUAUUACAUGAUCCCUCAACAGAAGACCUGGACAGGAAGAAGUGUCCGUGCCAAGCGGAUGGUAGAGACUGCCAACCCUAACGAAUAUGAGUAUAUGGAAGGCAGCAUUCCUUCGGAGUGGGACGCUUGGAUCCGAGGCAGACGGAAGGAGCCCCCCUCCAUCGAGGAGCUGCUGAAAAACGAGCGCUACAGAGUUGAGAUCAAACAGAAAGCCAGAGAUGCAGAUGAGCGGGACCUGCUACUGCAGAGUCAAGCAUAUGAAGAAGGGCUGCUGGCCACUCCCUCCCAGACCGCAGUCAAAGGUCACGCUUCCUCCACCAGCUUCGGCAAGCCGGAGAUCAGCGAGGAGCCAACCAGCGACGCAAACACCUUCCAGCCUGGCUCCUGGACGCCCAAUGCCAAGAAAUAAAGACUGAAACCUGUACUGCGGUUAUUUCUUUGAAAGGCAUACAUAUUACUCUUAUUUGUCAGAGGAAAGCCUGAUUGGUGAACUGGUUGAAUCAUAACAAAAAUAAUUGCAACCAAAUCACUGCAUGUUUUAUGUGCCCCUACCAAAAGAACAAAACCAGUUAUUAAUUUUAUAACCAGUGAUUUCACUCAGCAUCAGAACUGUUGAAAGAGGCAAAUACUUGGACAUGGACCACAAUCAGUUUGUUUUAUAGACCUCAGUACUAGAACUUCCUAAGGUUUGAUCGUAGGAAAGGCUGUUUCUGUGACACUGCUGAUGUUGGUUGUAUGUAGAUAAUGGUUUUGUGUAUUUUGACAGUCAGAUCCAAUUGACAAUAGCUUUAUCUUACUUCAAUAAAUAUAUUUUUGCACA